CAUUACCUCAGUCCAAAAUCGGUCGCCUCUCCAGCUGUUUUCCUAGUUUUAUGUAUACCAUUGUCAAAGUCAGGUAGCCAGGGCCCUCGUCGAGGGUUGAAAAGUAGCUAGGGUCUGGUGGUCCGUGCAAUUGCAUUUCAAACUCGUCUCCUGACUGGCUUCAAUCAAUUCUGCGCUCAGUUGUUCGCCAGCAUCAGGUUCACAAUGACCUCCGACUCCACGCUGUAUUUCACCGCCGUCGAGGAAAUGUUCAAGGAAGUGUUAACAAUAGAGGACGACGUCAUGGUUCCUGGGAACGAGGAGGUAUCUGAAACUCCGAAACGAUGUGUGCGAUUACGCCAGCAAAAGUUGUUUGCAAGUGAAUCCAGUGGUUUUGUGAUAAGUCGACGAUCUUCGAGGAUCGAAUCGGCAAUAGACCUGAAGGGGGAUAUAUCUCCAGGCAGGCGAAAGGAGCUGCGGGGUGAGGAAAUCCUUCGGCUACGCAAGGAUCAAGCGGAAAAAGAACGACAGAGGCCCCAGAGACGUCUUGCCUUGAGGAUAUAAUGUCACCGAUCUACCGAUUUAUUGUUUUUUCUAUCCACAGUGCUUCCCUGUUGUAUGCUUUACUUUAAGAUAUAUUUUUAAGUACUUCUAAGUAUGCUAUGGUUACGUACAGUAGAUCGUAGAUGCAUUCAACUUUGUGAUCUUCAGUUCCAUUUUCUGUGCCAUUAAUAAAUAAAAACCUUUAUUAAAAUUUA